CCGCACCCACCCCGUACCGCGACUAGCUGCACUCCUCGACUCGCAACACCCAUCAUGACCAACUGGGAAGUCCGUCUCUCAAGCUCGCGCGGCGUGCCGUACUUCUACAACACCGACACGCGCGAGUCGAUGUGGGAGGCCCCGCCGGACCUCACCCAGGAGCAGAUCGCCGCCCUUCCUGGCUCGAAGGAGUACCUUCCUGGCGCGCACGGUGACGCGGGCGGCGUCCGCCCCGCACAGGUCCGCGCCAGCCACCUCCUCGUCAAGCACAACGGGAGCAGGCGGCCGAGCAGCUGGAAGGAGCCCAACAUUACGCGCUCAAAGGAGGAGGCGAUCCAGAUCCUGAAGGGAUACGAAGCGCAGAUCAACAGCUCUCCAGAGAAGUUCGCCGAGCUCGCGUCCAAGCACAGUGACUGUAGCUCGCACUCGCACGGCGGCGACCUUGGAUUCUUCAAGCCGGGCCAAAUGCAGAAGCCAUUCGAAGACGCGACGUAUGCGCUCAAGGUCGGCGAGAUCAGCGAUAUCAUCAGCACCGAGAGCGGCGUCCACCUCAUCCUGCGCACCGCAUGAUUGUUCAGGGCCCUGGCCGAGGAAUAUAGGAACUUAAGGUAGAUGAGAAGAACUACGGUUUGUUGUUGUAACAUAUAUGCGGUUCAUAUAUGCGGUUCUCAUACGGAACCCGAUCGUUGACAUACAUUUGACAUCUCCUGUUCACUGCGAACCGCCCAGACCUCAGCGAUGAUGAUCAAUGUCUCUACAGUAUAAUGUACAGGUAUACAAGC